CAACAGUAAAGAUGUUGCGGUAUAGAAGCCCCAGGACUUAUUCGGGCGUCUUAUCGCUGUUAAUGUUGAGCAUUUACAUGCUGCUAGUUGUGCCGACUCUUGCACACACCGGGAACUUGGAAUCCGGCAAGGAGGAACUGCAGUUACGAGAUCUGGAGCCCAAGUUGGAGACAGAGACUGGCAUGCUGAGUGAACACGGAUCGGGACCAUCGAUUUCACGUUUUUCCAGCAACAGACGCAAUCAGAGAUCCUUCGGCUUCACACCAAAACUCUUCUCAAUACCACGCUCCAAGUUGCCCAUCGAAUUGGGCAUUCUUGUGGACACCGAUGAUGGCGAGCGUCCGAAGCGCUUUGAUGACUAUGGACAUAUGCGAUUUGGUAAACGAGGUGGCGAUGAGCAGUUUGAUGAUUACGGCCAUAUGCGCUUUGGACGUUAAAUCUAAGCUAAUUCGAUCUACAUAUAUAGAAUAUACGAGUAUUUAGGGGUCUCGACGUAAUUUGAUUUUGUAAAUAGUACAUAACAAUAUAUGCAUACGUGUAUAAUCCUGCUAUAACUGAAUAAAACGAUUUUGCA